AUGCUCAUCCAAACUAAGAGCGAACAAUUCAAGAAGCACAAGAUCCGGUGGAGCCCAGAAAAGCCACUAUGUCUGCCAGAGUCGCUGAGAGGACCGAUUCCGUCCAUGGUCACCAUCACUGUGAUUGGAGAUUCUCGUGUUGGCAAGUCUUCUCUGAUUCGUCGCUUUAAAACGGACAAAUUCACAGGAGGAUACAAACACACACCUGGAACGGAGAUCACCCAGAUUGUGAAGACACUCCACGAUGACUCCUCAUCCAAAGUCUGCUUUCAUUUUCUGGACACCAGCGACGUGUUCAUCGAUUCCUCCACCGUGGUUCCCGGCAUGAACGACCACGUGCAUGCCAGUUUCUCCAGCUACGUCUUGAUAGUCUAUGACAUUACUGAUCAUAGAAGUUUUGAAUCUGCCAAGGAUUGGAUGCACCUGGUCAGAAACAUGAUGCUCACUGACGUCACCCUGGUUCUGGUCGCAAACAAAGCAGAUCUGGAACAGCAGCGGCAGGUCCACAGAACUGCUGGUCAGGUUUUUGCAACACUGAAUGGAAUGGUUUUUGUGGAAACUUCUGCCAAGAGUGGACAUAAUUUGAAAUCCUUGUUUAACUAUGUCACUGAUAUCUAG